AAGCGAGACACAAAGACAGACACCUACAGUUACAUCUUCAAGAACAUCAUGAAGCUGAACAACAUAGAUGUGAAUGACCUUGUGGAAGGGGAUGACCGGGCCUUUGAGAUCUGGCACGAACGGGAAGAUUUGGUCCGCAAGUACCUCCUUCAGGCACGCACAGUGAACAUCAAGAACUCCUGGGUGAAGGAGAUCUGUGGCAUACAGCAGCGGAUCAGUGAGCCCAUCUGGAUACCUCCAGACUUCGAGGAAGAACUGGCGGACUGCACAGCUGAGCUGGGAGAGACGGUCAAGCUGGCUUGCAAGGUUACAGGAGCUCCCAGGCCAUCUAUCAGCUGGUACAAAGAUGGAAAGCCUGUGGAGGUGGAUCCCCAUCACAUUAUAAUAGAAGAUCCCGAUGGUUCCUGCACAUUGAUCUUGGACAACUUAACAGGUGUUGACUCAGGACAGUACAUGUGCUUUGCUUCCAGUCCUGCUGGAAAUGCCAGUACCUUAGGAAAGAUCCUCGUUCAAGUGCCCCCGCGGUUUGUGAACAAGGUUAGAAAUGCUUAUUUUGUGGAGGGCGAAGAUGCUCAGUUUACCUGCACUAUCGAAGGAGCACCUAGGCCUCAAAUCAGAUGGUACAAAGACGGUGUACUGCUGAAGGACACAAGUAAAUACCAGACGUUCAGUGAACCACGGAGUGGUAUAAUAGUCCUGGUGGUCAAGAACCCUUCCAAUGAAGAUAUGGGACACUAUGAAUGUGAGCUGGUGAACAGAUUAGGGUCUGCAAAAAGUGGAGCAGAACUUUACCACCAUAGUGCUGCAGCCCUGACCCAGGAGAGGAGAGGAGACCAAGCCAUUACCAUAGAAGGCCAUUCGCCUUCCCGCUCCCCAAGAGCAGAGCCAACUCCGGAGCCGGUUUAUGUCUCAAAGAUCAGGCAGCCUGUCCAGAGGCAUGAGCAGGAGGCAACAUUGAAGUCUGCUGUGCCCGUGCUUUUUGUCACAGAACCAGAGGACAGGCAAGGAGCAGCAGCCAGAGAUGUCAUCACAGAGACCAAAGUGGAAGAGAAAAAGCCCAAAUGGGUUGAAGUGGAAGAAAUAAUUGAAUUCAAAGUGAAAAAAUCUCCAAAGCCUGCAAAGAAAAGAGGCUCUUCCCCAGCAAAACAAGAGAAAGAUGACUCAGGGGUAUUAACAUUCACUUUUCCCAGCCCGAGGCCUAGGCGUUCCCCAGAAGAUGAUCCAAACACCAACAACUCCAACAACAAAUUGGUGGAACAGUCAAAAUCUUUGCCUAAUGAUAGUCCCUCUGAAGCUGAUAUCCAGCCUCUGGUGUACUCCGAGCAGGAAGGACCUCAAGUCAGCAGUGAAGACAGAAGCUUCCCAUGUGGAUCUGAACAACUAGGAAAUAAUUCAUUUAUGGAUUAUGGACCUGAAGGAAAGAGCUUCCCACAGGAAACGAGUGCUCACUAUGAGUCAGACACCGCUUCCCCACUGCUUGCCUGUGGGGGUGACCCUUUGGUCUUCAGUUUUGAGCCAGCUGCUGCAGACCAGCACCAACUUCUGUUCUCAACAGCGAGUCCAGAGGUGACAGAGGCAGCAGAUGAAUUGGAUGUAUCUUGGCCUAUUGAAGAGGGGAUACCUGAAGUAAUGCAAGAUGUCCUUCCAGAAGAGGAUAAUGUCAUUAUAGUUGAUGAACCGGAAGAACUACAGACAGAUGACAUUAGCACCCGGGACCGCAAAAUCUUAACCCACAAUGGCAAAGUAUUGACUUUAGAGGAUCUUGAAGAUUAUGUUCCUGAAGAAGGUGAGACCUACAGAUGUGAUGAUCACAGUCGUAUGGCAGACAAACCCUGUGAGAUCUCCGUGCUCCAGACAGAGAUUAACGAGCCAAUGAUUGGGAAGCCGGUGCUGCUGAACCUGGGGAGACCUGUGGUUUCUGAGCCCAGACAAAGGUUUUUCAGCCAGUUUGAGGAGCACGUUCCCGGGGGUGUGUUCGUCUCAGCAUCCAGAGUAACCGGUGUGCAGUCUGUAGGUCCCUCAAACAUCUCUUUCCAUGUGAGCGAUACCUGCGUAGCAGUGACACCUGGAGUGCAUGCAGCAACAGCAGCAGCUUCUCCUGGUCCCUCCUUCACAGUGAAACCAUCUUUCUGCACCGAAGUCCAGCUCUCGGCAGACAACGGACAGUCAAGCUUUAAAACUGAAGUUUCCACGAGAACCCUCAGCUAUGGGACUGUUGGAAUGACUUCCUCACAGUCAGACAUGGAGACUUCUGUCCAGGCCUCGCUUCAACGAGCUGAUAAGGAAAUCAAGACAGCUCUAAAGAAACUUGUGGACUCAGCAUCCAUGCUGGUGACUCUUCCAUCAGGAGUACGAGGAGGAGAUGGUGGCCUUGGCCUUCCUGGCUCUGUUCCUUCAGGUCACUCAGAAACAGCAGCCGGGCCCUCUGCACUAGUUCACGAAGCCAGUACCCAAACCCAAACUGCUGGAGGUCAUGGCAAAGCACAAAGGCAAAUACCAGCUGAAGAACCGAGUGUGCCAAAGCCCAGCCCUGGUCUUUUCCAUGAAGAGGUGGCUGCUGGAGAUGAAAGCACUCGGGAGCGCACUGUGCCUAUUACCAGAACAUCACCAGCCGCGGGGGCAGGAGAUUGGUACAGAAGAGAAGGAGAUGUGGUCUGGGAUGUACGCAGUGAAGUUUAUAUUGAGACCACAGAAAGGACACGUGUGUAUAAGACUGAGGAGAAGACCCCAACAAGUCCUCCCUACAUGCAAGUGACAAUAGAGGAUGUGCAGGUGAAAUCCGGAGAGCGCGCCAAAUUUCAGGCGGUCAUUGAAGGAACCCCUCAACCUACAGUUUUGUGGUUUAAGGGGACGUCAUUGCUGACAGACAGCAGCAGGGUCCACCAAGGAAAGGAAGGAACAACGUAUUUCUUAAUCGUGGACAACGCUGUCUCAGAAGAUGGUGGUGUUUAUACCUGUGUUGCCAAAAAUACAGGAGGGGAGGUUUUGUGCAAGGCAGAGCUUAUUGUAUACGAAGGUAAAAAAGACCAAGCUGCAAAAAAAGUGGCCACCAGAAGAAAGCUCCAUUCCCUGUAUGAGGUGAAGCAGGAGAUUGGAAGGGGCUGCUUCAGCUUUGUGAAACGUGUUGUGCAUAAAGGGAACAGAGUGUCUUGUGCUGCCAAAUUCAUACCAUUACGAAGCAAAACGAAGGCUCGAGCGCAUCAGGAGAGGGAUAUUCUCGCCUCUCUGUCCCAUGACAGAAUUACCAGGCUCCUGGAUCAGUUUGAGACACGGAAAACACUGAUUUUGAUUCUGGAGUUAUGCUCCAGCGAAGAGCUCCUCGACCGUUUAUUCAAGAAGAGUGUUGUCACUGAAGCAGAGGUCAAAUUGUAUAUCAAGCAAAUUUUGGAGGGAAUCAAAUAUCUUCACGACAACAACGUCCUCCAUUUGGACAUUAAGCCGCUGAAUAUCCUCAUGGUUUAUCCUGAAAGGGAAGACCUUAAGCUCUGCGACUUCGGAUUUGCGCAGAAGAUCAAGACCUUUGAACCUCAGUUCAGCAAAUACGGGUCUCCCGAGUUCGUUGCCCCAGAAAUCGUUUGUCAGUCACCAGUGUCAAAAGCAACCGAUAUCUGGGCUGUGGGAGUCAUCACCUAUUUAAGCUUGACGUGCAAGUCUCCAUUUGCUGGGGAGAACGAUCGAGGAACCCUCCUAAAUAUCCAGAAUGGGGAAAUUUCAUGGACCAUUCCUGAUUUUGUUCACUUGAGUGAGGAGGCGAAGGACUUUAUCAAAGGGAUCCUACAGCAGGACCCCAAAGCCAGGCCUAGUGCUUUGGACUGUCUUUCCCACAGGUGGUUCAUGCAUAAUCUCCCCCUGGAAGCAGCUCACUUCAUUAAUACCAAGCAGCUCAAAUUCAUUGUGGCUCGGAGCAAGUGGCAGCGGUCUCUGAUGUGCUAUAAAUCCAUACUGGUAAUGCGGUCCAUCCCAGAAAUCCUGGAAAGGACUCACGACAACACCUCCCUGGCCAUCUCCAGACAUCUUAUUGAAGAAAGCACUUCAUCCAGCACCAGCGGCUCCUCUUCAGACAACGAGAACUCGCAUUUCCCCAAGAAGAGGCACUUUGGCUCUACACCCGAACUGCACUUGUCCAUAUUUGAUGCACCAAGCCAUCAGGAGCCUCCAAAACAUGCAAGUGAAGAGAAGCACUCCAAAAUUCCUCCAGUAAAACCCAUGAGGAGGAAGUAUGCUUCAGUGAAAGCUGAGGAGGGGGACAAAUCACCUACAGAAAGCAAAGAGCUCAUGGCGAGUAUCUUAAAAGAGGAGGAGCUCCAUCCCAGUCUUCGAGAUGAAAGAGCAGAGCAGUCCCAAAGAAGCAGUGCAGCUGAACCUUCAUCGGCGAAGGCUUCCACAUCGCAUCUACAACAGAAAGAAAAAGCAGAUGUAUUAUUACCUGAUAAGGACAAAAUUGAAACGGCUGGGGAUGGGACAGAAAAGCCGCCUGUCUGUGUUCCUCGACAGAGCGUCAUUAAAAGCACUUUCUACAGCCAAGCAGCUGAGCUACCUGCAAGGGGGCCUUCCUCACCGGGCAGGGAGUUCAGAAGACACCUGGACAGAGCCAGAAGGACUUUCCGGAAAGCUGGAUAUUCAAAGGUGCCCCUCAGUGGUCUCCGUGAACCCCUUCUAGAGCAGUUUGAGCUGGAAGAAGAAGAAGAAAAGUCUGAUGAUGGAGAUGACCGCAGGGAAAGUCUGCUUGGUUCCUUGACCAAAUCAGCUUCAUUUGAUACUGCAAGGAAACCACCACAUCCUGCCAUCGCUGGUGCCAGCCGAAGCCGUUCCCUGGAUGACUACAGGCUGAGAGCCUCCAGAUCAGUGAGGGAACAAGAUAUUUUGGAAGAAGACUGCGAUAUAAUGCCACAGGAAAGUUGCCCUGAAGGGAGCGACCACUGCGACAUCUCUGCAGAGCCUGGCAAGAGAAGUUCUGUAGACACUUCAAAGAGAGAGGACUUUAGGAAAGCCAGCAAGGAUUGCUCAGCAGAGCAGCCCUCUCCUUCCACACAAUGUGAGGGUAAUGGGUGCCCGGCUGUUUCUGUGCAACAGCUAGAGAGACUUCCAGUGUCACCUCACAGGAAGCAUUUACUGAAGAAGUCAAAAGCUAUGUACAUGGAGGAGGACGUUGAAGAUCUGGGAAGCAAAAGCCCCAUUUUAAGUGCCCAGUGCUCAGACAUAACUGCAUCAUCAGCUCAAAAACAUGAAAGCCUGGAGGCUAAAUCUCCCCCUGGAACUGUUUUUCAGGAGGGCAAACAGUCCAUCUCAACCCCCAUGCAGUUAGAGACCACCUCCAAACCAGCCCCUACAAGUAAGGAAGGUGUGUAUCUGCCCCAGGAAUCUGCUCAUAGCACCGAUAUCCAUCCAGAUAUAAAAGGCGGAAGUUUCCUUAUCAAAAGGUCAGCCCCACUUCCACCUUGGAAAGACAAAAGGCAGAAACAAUCACACGAGGAACCUUCUGCUUAUAGUGCUGCCAAAUCUGAUUUCACGGAGAAUGAAAGGUCUGUGGGUUUAACAUCUCCACAGACAGAAACCGAUUCAUUUCCAGUACGUAAAGACAAAAGUCAGGAGCUUCCUGAUCAAAGAGUCCCAGCAACCACUGCCUUGGAGGGCAAAAGGCCAGGUACCCUAAGUGCUCUGCAAGCAGCUGAUGAAGGUGCUCAUCAGAAGCUGAAGACCUAUAAAGAGGUGAGAUCUGCUGUCCUGGAGGACGAAGGACCAGGUAUUGCAGAAACAACUGCACUGCCAGCCAGUGAUGGUGAAAGCCAAGUGCACAAGAGGGCUCCUGUUCAUGUAGACACAGCGUCAGCCAUACUGCAGGGAGAGCGUCCCGCUGUUCUGAAAGUCCCACCACCAAAAUCAAUGUCGACUUCAGACUCCAGCAGAGCACAGCAGGCUGAGAGGGGAUGGCUGGCUCAUAGCAAGGAGAGGAUUGCUCCUCUGAGGAGUGAAGGUUCAGCUACCACAGAGAUUGUUCCCAGUUUGGACCAUGACUUUGAAAUUGAGGGAGCUGAACCCCAGAAGGCUUCUGAAGGCAGUGUCACGGUACCUGCUGCUCUGGGGAGCAGACACCCAGCUAGAACUGUGUCCUCCCAAAAGACUGGCCUGCCUUUGGUCUGUGUGAGUGAAAAGCAAGAACAUCCAAAGGCAUCACUUCACAGGGAGGUGAGAUCUGUGGUGACAGCGAGUGGUAGCCCAGCAGCUGGGCACUCUGCAACUGCUCCUUUCCCCAAGGCUGGACAUCAGGCGUUGGAGCAACACAAGGCUGCCUGUCCCAGUGGCAGAGUUUCUGCUCCAGAUGUCUUAAGUGCUUCACAACCAGAUGUUGCUCCAGCGUCAGUCUAUGAGAUAGAAUAUGAUGAACAUCCAGAGGUUUAUGGUGAAGGUAGAGGCAUUACCUUAGAAAGUGGAAGUUGUGAUGCUGGAAGAACUGUCCCACCAUCGCUCCUCAGGGAUCAAAGGCAGGAGCUCUCACAUCACAGGUCUUCUUUCUACAGUGAUGAGGAGUCAGCUGUGCUGGAGGGCUUAGUGGAUGAGAUGGUUUCUCUCUCUGAAGAGAUGAAUGUUUGGGCAGAGUCAGUUUCUGGUGAGGAGGAAUGCAGAAAGAGAGUCUCUCCUCUCACAGAGAUGUCCUACAAAGGCCCAGGUAGCCAAGCCACGGACACCUCCUUCCAUUCUGUCCAAGGGAGUGAAAGAGAAGUCUCUGAGCUGGAUUACCUUGCAGGACCCUACCCUGCCAUAAAUGAGGAAGCAGUGGUACUGGAAGGGCAGGGAGCACAGACAGUUCCUUGUGAAUGUGAGGAUCUCGAGGACUUGGCAUUUGAGACUGCCCCUUCUAGCCAAGCAAGCUUUUCCUCAACAGAUAGCUUGGACACUGGAAAAAGACCCAGCCAGGUGUCAGUGAGCAAGGACACCGGUAAACACCCGGAAGUUUCUUUAGUGAAAAUCAAAGACUUGUCAGAUGAAACACCCAGUCUUGGCACCGGGCCCCAAAAAUUUGACAUAUCAGAGGUAGAGCCCGCCUAUCUGAAUUUCUCUGACUUGUAUGACAUUGUCUAUUUUCCAUUUGAAUUUCUGAACUACAGGAAGCCACAACCCAAACCGACUGGUAGGCGGUUUAUACCUUUUGGUGAAAGGGCAAGGUCACCUCCUGCAGGACAUUUGCAUAAGGAUAAAAGACUGUGCAUCAGGGAGGAGGCAGAGGACAAGAACAGGAAGAACCAUUUGCAAAUAUCUGAGAAUUCAAAAGCAACAAACUUAUUAGCCAUGGGGAAGGGGUCUGAGGGUCAUAAAGAAAUGUAUGGCCCCCAAAAGGACUCAAGUGGUAAGCAGAAAAGCUCCUUCUACAACAAGACAGGACUCUUCAAGCCAUAUGCAAGGUCUCAUUCAGUGGAGCACUCAGUGGAGCAGAGUCUGAAGAAGAAAGUAAAAGCUUCUGUUGCCCAUAUUUCAAGAAUCCUAAAAGGAAAGACAUCACCUGAGCCAGAGGCAGAGGAAGAAUUUGGGGAGCUGGGAAGAGAGGCGGUAGAAAAAGAGCUGUUAACAGGGGCUGAAGGAUCCCUGAAGAGGAAAUCGGCACUCUCUUCAUUCAAGUUACCAAGCCUCACGUCAAAGGAGAAAGCACCUUCGUUCACGGAGGAGCUCAUCGACCAGGCUGCUGCCGUUGGACAGUGCGUGACGCUGUCGUGCCGGACAGCAGCCCAGUCCUCCCUGCACGUCAACUGGUUCAGAGAUGGGAUACCUGUUCACAGCAGCAGUCGGAUCCUCAUCUCGGCCACGCUCAAAAACUUCCAACUCUUAACUAUUCUCUCUGUCAAUGCUGAUGAUUUUGGUAUUUACACCUGUGUGGCCACGAACUCCGCGGGCUCAGCAUCUACUUCUUGUGUGAUAAGAAAAGCAG